AUUUACCAAUAGUCCUGCCUAUAAAUAAAACUCCUGCCGCCGAGAUUGCCGUAUUCGUUAGAUUUUCGCCGAUCUUUGAAAAUCUGUGUUCAAAAUGAAGUUUGUGGUUCUUCUAUGUGCAUUUGUGGCCACAGUGCAAGCGAGUGGUUACGGUUUGCUCAACACCGGCAGCAACCUUUAUUCCAGUACUUACGGUAGCGGUUACGGUAGCGGUUACGGUAGCGGUUACGGCAGCGUUUACGACGUCGGUUACGGUGGUUACGGGGGCGGUUACGGGGGCUACAACAGUUACGCGGGCUACAGGCCUACCGGUUACAAGCCCUACAGGCCCGGUUACAGCGGUUACGGCAGCUACGGGGAUUACGGUGGAUACAGAGGUUACGGAGGUUCCAGGCCUGGUUACGGAGGUAGUUACUACCCUGGUGGGUACAAUUCGUAUGACGGUUACGAUUAUAACGGUAAUGGGGGUUACGGGGGUAUUGGGGGUACCAAUUUCUUAGGAAUAUCGAGCGGAUCCGGAUACAGGCCGUACAGCGGAAGCGUUUGGAGGACAUUCUACAAGCGAUAAGGACUCGGAGAAGGAUCGUUAAUUUUAAAUGUUUGCGGAAAAAUAAAAUGUUGUAAAAUAAUUUUAUAUAACUAAAUGUUUAGUAUCUAAAUAAAUACGUAAUAUUUUAAAUGUGUUUAAAAGUUAAUAUUUGAAAUUGCUAUAAAAAGCCGGAACCGUCUCGGUCAAAUAAGAUAACAACAAAUUGUCAGAAGAAAUGUAGAUAUGUAUCUAAAAAAUAAGUU